AUGAUGUACAGCGAGCCGCCGCAGCAUCAAGGUGGUGAUUACCACCGGGGGCCGCCGUCGAUGAGGCAAUCGUCAGCCUCCUCGGCCAACUUCCCCCCGGAUUACCCUAACCCGAGGGGCGGCGCUGCUUAUGAAGGUAACUGGGGAGACAAGACGUACAUGUAGAGGGAGCGGUUGAAUUGGUGUUGUUAUGGAAUUUUUCUGAAGUAUGUUAGGCUUUUAUGACGAGUUUGCAAGUGUCUGCUCGUCUUGUGCGGUGUGCCUCGACGCCAAUGUUUCACUAAUUAACUUCUUUUUCCAUGCUUAUUUGAUGUAAAAUGGCGUAUCCACGUAGCAAUUAGGAUCUUCAUUUUUUUUCAUUAUGUCUGGGAAGAUGUUGACGGCUGCAGACGGUAAGUAGUUCUUAACGGUACUGAUGAUCGAAGUUUAACGAAGGACGGGGUUGAAUCGUUGGAGGUUGGACCUUCAGCGAGUUUCCAGAGUUUUUAAUCCCAAGUUAAAGUAUACAAUGAAGAUUAGCCGAGUUAAAGCGGUUGUAUGAGGGUAACGAACUCGUAAGCAUGGAAGAAAUCAUGCGCCAUAUUCAUAUCAACAAUCAGUAAAGUGUGAAGCUGUAAAUAUUACUGGGAUACACGUAAUAAGGUAGACUAUGCGGCUAGAUUUGAUUUGUCUCGAAGGAAAUGGUGUUCCCCAAAUAAAUUACACUGAUGAGACAGAAAUAAAUCAGCUUGAUUUCUGAUAACCUUUGCGUUGAACAUAUCCGAAUGACACCUUUUCUCUAUUCAUUCAACCAUCCAAAUCAUCUGUCAAAGUUUACUAUUCUGAGUUUUUCCCCAAUAUCCAAUUUUCGUACCUUUUGAGGUCUUGAAGGAAAUACCAUGUAGUUUCAACAAAUGAAGGCAAUGCCUUGUAAACUCACUUAAGGACUUUAAAAAACCAAUUUUAUACCAUUUUAACGUAAAUAAAUGUUCACUUAACCAUUAUAUUGAAACUCGUUUGAUUGUGACAAGGUCAUUUAGUCUGUAGAUUGGCUUAUGUUAGAACUUGGGUUUCCCAUAUGAUGAAUCCCAAGUUCACAGGACCAAUGGCGUUCCUAUAGCUCAGAAUUCUGCCCUUUAUCAUGUGAUUGAUACCUAUACAUGGUUGGUCGCUUCACAUGCUCUAAUGAGAACUGUUUUGCUACUUGGAUGUCUCAUUUUACUUUUGAAUUCCACAUUGAUGAACUCCAAUUGCCCCUCUGGUUUGAUUUGUAGCUCACGGUGAUAGUUAUGCUGCCAAAAGAAUGAGAAAGCUCGUCCAACGGCGUGCUGUUGAUUAUACAAGCACAGUUGUUCGGUAUCUACAGGUAAACUAUGCAUUCAUUUGCUUGCUCUUGUCAUUAAUUUAGCCUCCUUUUGGUAGAAAAUUCUAUGAUUUUAUUUGGAGAACUUUAUUUCUUGUGCACUGACUGUAAUAUCUUUAUGACAAAUUAAUUAACUUGAUUUUUUGUUAGUGCAUAAGUUUUGAUAUAUUAUUGAUUGUCUUGAGCAAGGCACAGUCAACUACUUCAGCACUACUUAGGAUUCGAUGUUACAUGUUGGAAGAUAACCAGCAUAGAUCUCUUAUUGGUAAUUAUGCUACUAUGAAUGAGAAAAUUUUCAAAUGAGAACAUGAUGACUCUGGCAAAAACAUAGAUGGCAAGCACUAAACCGGCAAACCCAACAAUCUUUUAAACUGGCAAGCCUAACAAUCUUAGAUUUGAUGGCGCCUCGAAGACUAUUCUAUUUUCCUUUUGUUACACUUGUAUUAGAAAUUGGAGAUCUGUAAUGGUUUUGCAUUCGAAAUUUUGACACAAUACUGCCGACUUCUGUAUACAAUCAUUGGGAAAUUUCCUGGAAAUGAAUCUUCUGUCUUAUGCACUUAAGGAUUUGUGCCUUCCACGAAAAAUCAGGAAAAUGUAUAAUUCGUUUAUCAUAUUUUAACGAUAUAUGACACAGAAUUAUACUCGGCGCAGCUAUUUCUAUAAUGGCCAAAAAUGAUGUAUAUGGUUUUCAUUUUGAUAUCAAUUAAAAUGUUAAGAAUCAAUGGAGAAUAUUUUGACCCAUGUUAAAACUCAAGGAGGAGGCUGUUAAGUCUAGAGUUCUAUAUCCCUAGUAAAGGGAUUUUUUGGCAGGUCUUUCUGCACAUAGCCUGCAAGUAUGGUGGGUUAUAAUGCGUACUAGUGUUCGAGUAAGUAUGGAUUGAGAAGAAUAGUCUGACCUUUGGGAGUUGAGCUCGUUUGCUAGAGAACAAUCUUUUAUUUUUGCUGUAAAAUGAGAAAAUCAGGGAAGACUUGGAGGUAAGAUCUUUUAUUUAUGUACUUGGAUUUUUCCUAUUGGCUGAAUUUAUAUUUUACUAUUUUUUGUUUCAACAACUUUGAGGUUUUAUCAAAAGCAAAUAUCAUUCUCUUGUGCCUGUAUUGUGUAGGUUCGAAUGUGGCAAAAGGAUGCAAGAGAUCGAACUGUGCUUCAACCUACUCCAGCUGCUUCUGUAGAUGUUAGAAUAUGUUCCUAUCCUGCAAAACUUGAUUUGAGUCGUGAGCUUGUAGAUAUUUCUGCUAAAAAAUGUGGUAGAAUGUUACAAUGGUUAUGAUUUAACACUAAUGUUUAUUUAUCACCUUAGAAAGCCUAUCAUGGCUUUACUUUGUUGUUUUGGUGUGAAUCCUUAUCCCCUUCCCCCCCCCCCCCUUAUCAUGGAUUUACUUUGUUUCCUUGAAACCAUAGUAAGGUUGUCUUAAGUUGAUACCUUUUUGUGCUGUUGAUAAGAAAUGGUAAUCCAAGUCUUAACCUGCGGAAUUUUGACGGGAACCAAUCUUUUCCAUUGGUGACUUGCUUUUUCUUUCGUUGUAUUUUUGCAGAUGCUACCAACAUGUGCUUAUGCUGAUAACCCUUCAACGAGCUUCGCCACAAAAUUCGUUCAUGCAUCUACUAACAAAAAUCGGUGUACAAUCAAUAGAGUCUUGGUAUGGAACACUAAUAUUUAUUUUCCUGUGUACUACUUUGAACUUUUUUUCUUGAAUAAACCAUUUAUACCACAGAAUAAGCAUGAUAACUUCCGAAUGUAAAGCUAACUGUGCCAUUCUGCUAUUUAUAAGUUUUAUUGUGUUAAGAAGUUAGGAUUUGCGUAGAAUGUUGGGUCCUUGAAACGAAGCUUCAGAGAGGAAGAUUAAGAAAUUGAGUGUCAUAGGGAGAAUCAAUGUUUGUAAGAGAGACUAAAGUAAACCAAACGAAUGUUCUAAAUCAGCCAUAGAUACUAUUUCCAGAAGAUGUUGGUCGAUUGAGGAUUGUAGAGUUAUCUAUUUCCAGAAAAUUAUUUGAAGGAAUUCAGCUGUCAUAACUUCAUAACAUGCUGGCCGAAGGUUGACCUUUUUUUCUCCGUUAUAACUUCAGUGCUCUUUUCAUUGCACUAUUCGUAGAUAAGACUUUUUUCACUCAAUAUAUCGUUUAUAAAAUUUCAGUAGAUACCACCUUUCUUAUGCAAUGUAAUUGUGGCUAACUGAUUCAGAAUGUGUUGAAAAUCAAUAGAGAAAAAUUACUGUCAGCUUUGUCUGAUCAGCCUAAUAGGGACUAUUGGGAGAGGGAUGAAAAGUAUUACUUAUGCAGUGUAUUCAUGUCGAAUUUGUGGCUAACUGAUUCAGAAUAAGUGUCGAAAAUCAAUAGAGAAAAAUUACUGUCAGCUUUUUGAUCAGCCUAAGAGGGAUUAUUGAGAGAGGGAUGAAAAAUAUUUCAAAAGUUUUACAUGCAGAAUGGGGACGUUAUCGUGAAAGCAAGGAAUUCUAUGAACGCAUAUAUUUUAACUAUUUUUUACUUUGUGAGAAAUUUUUGGCUAAAAUAUUUGUUCCUUGAAAUCCGAGGGGCUCAGCUCCUCCAUGUCACUUACUUUUUCUACGUGUGUAGUCCUUCGCCAGCUACUGGUUGUUUUGUUGCAGUUUGUGCGGCUGGUACAAACUCACAUCUGUUGACAUCCUUUCAGUAAUCUGGUAGAAAAUAGUUUCUACCAAUUUCUAAGAACCAGCUGUAGCCUCUGUGAAAUCUUCUAUUAUACAAAUAAUUUCUUUUUGAUGUUCAAUUUAGGGAAAUCUCUAGCCUCAGUGUUUUCAAUCUGUUUUUGCCUGCAUCAGCAAGAUGCAUUUAUUUAUAGUAUAAAAUCAUCCCAAUGCAUUUUUCUACACCUGGAGACUUAAUUAUUCUAUCCAGACAUCCUUUUGCAUUGAUCUACAACCCUCUAUUUAAGGAAAGCAAUAACUUAUUCUGAGUGAUAGUUAGUAAGGUGUAUCAGACCUCAUGUUAUUUCUCAGAGCAUUAGCUUUGUUCAUUUAACACUUGAUGCUUCAUGUCACAUAUCCUGAUAUGUAGUUUCAUAGACUAACAAAUAUUUUAAUAUUUUCUGGUGCAUUAGCUUAAUAAUUCCGCAUUUUUUUUCUUGACUAUGUUUUCUCCUAAAGUGGACCCCAACAGGAAGACGUCUUAUCACCGGGUCACAGAGUGGGGAAUUUACUCUUUGGAAUGGCCAAUCUUUUAAUUUUGAGAUGAUUCUUCAGGUAUGAUAUGGUAAUGAUUAAUUUCACUUUUUUUCUUAACUUGUUAGUUAGUUAAAAAUGAUGAUCCAAUCGAUAAUUUUAAUGCUCCAGGCACAUGAUCAAGCCAUCAGGUCCAUGGUUUGGAGUUAUAAUGAAAACUGGAUGGUCAGUGGUGAUGAUGGAGGUUCAAUCAAGUACGAUUGCUUGAUUCUAGGGUUGGAAUUUGCUUUUUGGUGAAUUCUGUUACCUAAACAUUUAAUUUAUUCUUUUUUAAUGGCUAGGUAUUGGCAAAGUAACAUGAAUAAUGUCAAGGCCAAUAAGUCUGCUCAUAAAGAGUCAGUUCGUGACCUAAGGUAUGAAUCCACUUAUCUGUUUAGCGUCGAGCUACCAGAUUAAUUAAUCUUAAGAAUUCGGAUUGUUCAUACUGGGUACUAAUGUACCAUAGGCAAGUCUCUGAAAUUCUCUUUUGCAGUUUCUGUAGGACAGAUUUGAAAUUCUGUUCAUGCUCUGAUGAUACUACAGUGAAGGUAUGGGAUUUUGCAAGAUGUCAGGAAGAGAGAUCAUUGACAGGUAAUUAUUGCCGCUUUUUAUAAGUUCCAGAACUAUGGGAACUUUUAGUGGACAACUUUCGCUCUGUUUGGUCACAGAAUUAAAGUUUAUUCACACCUCAGAUAUCAGUGCUUUAUCUUCUGUUAGUUGCCCUUCGUAAGAUCUGGAAACAAAAUAUUCUUUUUAGUUUUACUCAACAUCUUUUUAUCCGAGUCAUUGCCAAAGGAAAAUUUAUGCCUGUCUUGUUCCUUGACAAAAAAUUAAACAACUCUUGUUUAGUUGCAUCAAACUGUUCCAUGAGAAUAUGAUGAUUCUCUUUUCAUGUGCCAUAGAUGAUCAUUUGAAGCAAUGUACAAUACGCAUAUUGUAAUUUUAAAUUAUUCUAUUGUCUCUUUGAGUCAGACAGGCCAUGGUUGGGAUGUUAAGAGUGUGGAUUGGCAUCCUACAAAGUCACUCUUGGUUUCAGGUGCUCUUUAUGGCCGCAUGCAGUAUGACUGUUUUGACGUUCUUCAACCUUUCCCUUUAGUUUACACUCUUCCGUUUUGUAGGUGGAAAAGACAAUCUAGUGAAACUGUGGGAUGCAAAGACGGGAAGGGAGCUGCAUUCAUUGUUAGCAAUUUUUUUAUUAUUAUUCAAUAUCAUAGUCUUCAGAUAUCAGGUCUUCUAAAUUUCGUGUUUUUUCAGCCAUGGUCACAAGAACACCGUGCUUUGUGUGAAAUGGAAUCAGAAUGGUAAUUGGGUGCUCACUGCUGGCAAGGAUCAGAUCGUAAAGGUAGGUACUAUAUCGUUCUGCAAAACAUGUUGCUGUAAAACUAUAUUAUGUGGAGAUGUAGUUUGAGAUAGUAACUUGUCCAGCAGUGUGCAUUGGUAGACAAGUCCAUCAUUUGCAUGAUACCACAGGAUCGAAUGUCCAUUGUCGUUUAUUUCUUCGAAUUUUCUCUUGUCUAAUCUUGGCCUUAUCAAGAUAUUUUCUUCGCAUUUAGAAGUAUUACCUUAAUAGUUUUCCUAUUUUCAUUGGUAGCGGGGUGAUUAUGGACCAGGGCCCUAAAGUUUAAUGUCCCAAGAAAACUGGUCAGCUGAGCAAGAAGCCUAAAGUGAUUGAGUACUGUUCGAUUUGAGGAGAACUAUUUGUUUAGCUUUCGUUUCGCAAUUUAGCUUCCCACUCUGGUUUCUUUUACACUGACUCUGGACAUUUGAUUCCACUUGAUAUGGAUCUGUUAUUUUUCUCUGAUUACCGCUGGAAACUUGUUUCAUUGUCUGAUGGUAAAGCGUCUGUAAAAGGAGGCAGAUAUUGAAGAACAAUUUAAGGGCUUUAUGCCAUGAACGAGUGUUUGAAUGUUUCUGUUUUCAGAUUAUUAUGCGAAUGUACGAACAUCUUAUGGAGAUAGUAUCACGGAGAUGAUUAUGGCAGAGGCUUCACUGUUAAGAAAAAAUUCUCGUUACUGUUUCGAGAAUUUUUAUGUUUCUUUGUAAUGAGAGCACCUUGAAAUCAACAUCAAUGCAUAAAAAUGACAGAAAUAUUUAUGAGAAUCAAUUCGAAAUUAUCCUUUAGUAACUGUUUGAAUGGUAUGAAACCAGUGGAUCAUACACCAAAGCUUCUUAUACGGUCCUCCAAAACGACAGCAUAUCCUAACAGUACAGAGUCCCUUCAACAGAAACGUUGUUGUUUUUGUUGAACUUGAUCUAUUCCUGUAUUGCUGAUUUAGUUCUCUGUUUUUGUUGCUCCCUGUACAUCUUUCAAUUUAUGCAACUGGUCAAAAUAUUUUCUGGUAAUUAAAUACCUAUUCGACAUGUCAAUAAUCUUCAUAUAAAAUAGGUUAGGAUAACUGAAGAAAAUACGACUAUAAUCAGUCAGAUGAUGUAUGAGAUCAAUGGUCAUGAUUAGGAAGAUCCUGGAGCAAUGACUUAGUCGGUAUCAGAGUUAAAUUGAUACAGAGGAGGGUUAACAGGAGUUCAGGAAGGAAAGGGGGAAGAGUUAGGGGAUGAACUGUUGGGAAGAGCAUGGGAAGGAAAAUAGUGAAUCACAAUCACAAGACAUAAUGCACUGUUCCCUUGGUAUGUAUUUUACACCAAGUCCUUGAGUUAUCCAUCACCAACCCGCGAGCAGAAAUGGUUAUAUGGCUAACCGAAACAGCCGUCUCCACAAUUUUCACUUAAUUCAGAAGCCAGAACCAAUUGGUAAUUUAAUUCAGGAAUCUAACUCCUGUUAACAUGGUCAAGUGUGCCUGUUUUUGUAUCAAUAAGGUUUUGAUUCACUGGUCAAUCAAUUUCUUUAUGGCACCAUUGGCACCAGUUUCCGAACAGGUGAACCGAAAAGUUUCUUGUUGAAUACACAAAAUCAGUGCUAUAUUUUCUGAUGAUGUGAGGCUAAUACCAGUAAAUGUUAUCUUUCACAAAGUUAGAUUUCGUUUUGCUGUAGAGAAACUAAAUUAUAUACAAUGUACUGGUUAAGUGCAUUGUUUUCAUGUAGUAAGUAUUGUGAUGUUCACAAUGCCAGCAUCAAGCGAUGGCAUCUAUGCACAACAAUAGAUGUUUUACUAUUGCUUAACGUGAAUUCUUGUUAUCACUUUUCCGGUUUCUUUUCAACUUCUGUAAUUUCACCUUUUUGUUGAAUACUCUCUCUGAUGAAUUUCAGCUUUAUGAUAUUAGAGCCAUGAAAGAACUGGAGUCCUUCCGUGGUCAUCGUAAGGAUGUAACGGGUUAGUGAUCUUUAUUACUAAAUUUAUCUGUUUCUCAGUUAUUUAAUUUCACGCAUGUUAGAAGGCUGAGUAGAAAGUGAAUGGCAACCUUGUAUGAACUGAGAAAUUCGGGGUGACGUAAGGUGGAAAGGUCGAAUUUUCUGUUGGUAUGGCGCCUGUUGAAGACUUUAUGCAGUUAAAUAAUAUAUCUGAUGAUUGGAUGAAUAUUCUGUCAAAUCCAGUGUAAUUUAAUGGUUUAUAUAUUAUUUGGCAUAUAAUAUGAAAAACAAUUGAAAAUUGGUUUAUGUAGCUGUGUAAAUAUUGAUUCUUAUAGUUCUACUUUUAUGGCGGAUGAUAUCUAUGGGAAAUAAGUUAGAUUUUUGCUUGAAAAGUUAAUGAUUCAAAUAGAUUGCAUGCCAAGUGUUAAAGCAUUAGUAUUUAUGGUCAGUGAAAUUGUAUUCAAGGUCUAGAAAGGUAGGCCUGAUCAAAGCUGUUUUAUAGUGAGGACCAAUAUAUUAGCUACUCACCUGCAUCUUAAGAUGCUACGCUUCUCCUAGAGCAAGGUUGUCAUUGUCUGGAACAGGGAGAAAUUUCUGAGGCUGGAAGAAACCUUUGGUAUUGUUGAAGUGCCUCCUACUUGUGUAAGGUCUACCAGAUUUGGCUGAACAAUAGAGAAAUGUUUUCUCUGAUUUUCGAUGAUGCUGCCUUAAUGUGUUUGUGGGACGGUUUACUAUUGAUGCUGAAUGAAGGUUGUAGUUGGCUAUAUUUGGCUUGAUAUUCUUUUCACGGAUGCAAUGCUGGGAUUCAUCACCCCCUUUAAAUUCAGAGAAUUACUAUUGGAUGUUCAUUAGUCUGUGACGUUUUGGUUGAAAAGAUGUAAAUGAAAGAUUACAGAAAAGUUCCAAAAAGUAGUUAACAAUCUGUCUUGCCUAGUCUUCUGUCUAAAAACUGGUGACAUUAUUCUUCUCUUGUUACUUUCUCUCAGUGUGUUUCAAUCAUUUACUGGUGAGGUAAUAUAGGUAUCCUGAACAGUGAAAAGAGAAGUAUUAUUCAUUGCGCUCUCUUCUGUAUCAUCCUAUCCACCUUUUGGUCCUAGCCAUUGUUUUGAGGCACUGUCAUAUCAGGAUAUCAUUAUGAAUAAACACAACGAAACUAACUGUCCUCAUUUAUUGUGUUUUGGGUAUUUACUGAUCUGCAAUUCGCCAUUAAAUAAACUAGAAUCAACUGCUUUUGAAACUGAUAGAGCUUUCAUAUGGGCUUUUGUUUCUCCCCUAUUUCACCAUCGUUGAUAAUAAGAUAGGCUGACUAAAUUGUAAACUUGUCUCUGUUUCCUGUUUUCCACAUUCAAGAAUCCACCUUUUGAUUGUUUCAACGGUUCUCUAAUGAGUAUGGGAAAGCGACCAACAAACUGAUUGAUACCUUCGUCUUGGAUAUUCCUUCUAAAUCUUGUGCACAAACAUUAACCUGUUGGAAUAUCUUCUCGUGCUUUGAAAGAAUAUGAAAUCAUCUUGAUAGAAUGGCUUCACAUGGCACUGGUCGUUCCAAAAUAAUGUUCUCUGACUGUUUUUGAAACAUAACACCCUAAAUCCCUCUAGCAUGUCGCUACCCUAAAAAAUAUUUCUCCCUUUCUUGAAUACCUGGCCAUAGUGGGCUGAAGGUUCUACACUCAUCAGGUUCAUUUGUAAUUCUGGUUAAUGAUCUCCCCACCAUAAUUCAUCUGGCUAUGUUUUCCAAAAUUUGCAAUUACUUGUUGAAUAUAUAGCCGUCAUGACCUUUCCACUAUUGAUAUUCCAGCCCACUUUACCCUAGUUUUUUUAGUUGCAUCUCGUAGUUCUUAUCGUAGGAGCCUUAGAACACAGUUGUUCCUCGUCUGAAUAUGGAGUGGUGUCCUCACCAUUCUGAAGGUGGGAAACCUGAAGUCUGUGCUGGUCAGUUUGGAACCCUCGAAUUCAACUCAAAACAUUUUAUUUUCGGUCACAUUGAAUAAGCUCCUCAACAUCGAAAACAUAAAAGAGAGGAUAAAGCUCUCGUCAAGGACUCAUUCCAUAGGAUCAUUUUAUUUUCCUCUUUGAUACUUCUUGCUUGGAUUUUGUAAAACUAUCUGCUAGGACAUUAAAGACAUCAUCAUCCUUCCUCCCUAUUCGUUCUUCUAAUCUCUACCCUAUAAGCUCCCUCAUUCUUUUUCUUUCUACAAGUUGUAACAAUCUCUAGACUCCGUCAUUCUUUUUCUUUCUACAAGUUCUGGCAAUCUCUUGACUUCCUCAUUCUCUUGCUCCCGAUCCUCUAACACAUGCCUUUUGUUCCUCUGGUAUCUACGUCCUAGACUCAUGCUCUUUCCUUCUCCAAGUUUUAUCAGUAUCGUAACUUCCUCAAUGUAUUGCUCCAUUUCCUUCAGCGCCCCUUUCCUUCUUUGUCGUUAAGGGUGUCUCUUCAUGCUUCGUUACUUUUCGUUCAUCUAAGAUAACCUUUUGAUGCCUCCUAGGCUUAACAGGACUCAAUCCUUUAAAAAAUUGGAUUUAAUAGUGCAUCUGAAAUUCGAAUAACAUCAUAAAAAUUGUACGAGCAUAUGGUUUAUUCAAGCUGUUUUAUGUUGUUGGUAUUUACUAUUAUCUUCAUUGAUCCCGUUUUUUUGUCUUUCUAGCUUUGGCUUGGCAUCCAUUUCAUGAAGAAUAUUUUGUCAGUGGAAGUUUUGAUGGAUCCAUCUUUCAUUGGAUUGUUGGGUAACCUACUUUUCCUUGCGCAAAGCACCAUUUCUCAUUGAAGAAAUAUUUCUUGAAUCUUCAUUAUUUAUAUUCUUCGCCAAACAAUGAUAGGCAUUCAAAUCUGUACAGAACAUGAGGACAUUUAUGUCUUUAAUUCUUUCUUUAAUUGCCAGUUAUGCUUUAUGCCUAGUGCUCCUUGCAACGGGGGUAUUUUUGCAGAUGUCUUUCUAGGGUUUACCUUAGUUAUAAAUCAAUAGGGGGUUGCCAUAUUUUCCCUGGUUCUCUCCCCCUCACCGUCUUCCCUUCUAUCAGUAAUACAUUUUAUAAUUGUUGGUAUAGUUUUUCAAUCCAACCACUUCAAAUGGUCCAUUUUUCAUACAACAUCUGUGCUAUGCAAGUCAACUAGUGUCUGAUUUUCUUUAUCUCUUCAGGCUACUUGACCUCGAGAUCAAAUGAUGUUGAAUGCUAGACAAUGAAUGAAAUUAACGUCUUAUUUACAUUGUGAUUUAACCUGGUGUUUUACAAUUCUCUCAUUAUUUGAAAGUUUGGUUUCCUUCCCAACUUUGAAGCCCAUUAUUGGGAUAUAACAAUCUGGUUUCAGGCAUGAAGUUCCUCAGGUUGAAUCUCCCAAUGCGCAUGAAGGGAGUGUUUGGGAUCUGGCUUGGCAUCCAAUUGGCUACAUUCUUUGCAGGUGAUCUUGUUCAGCCAUCAUUUUAUGUGCUGUUUUUGGUAAAAUAUCACGUUCAUCUUGUUUCUGUCUCCGUUGGGGAAGGAACACAUCUCUGCUUGCAAUCCAAAGUUAUAUAUUUUCCCAUUAGUGCUUUUUAUUUUUUCAUCUCAUCUCUGUGAUCACGUUGAUAAUGGUUUUCUCAAAGCUUCGAAAGAAUUUGAUCAAGGCCUGCAUCUUGGAACCGGAGCUUUCAUAAAUUCCCCCCGCACUAGAAACCUUCUGCUAAAAAAUAAAACUUUUCAUGAGAAUCAUGGCAUGAAUGCUGUCUGAUGAUAGCUACUUAAGUAGUUAUUCUGUUCGGGGAAAUACUUUGGAGCUGAUCAGUCUAUAGCUAGUUAUGGCAAAUCAUCUGCUAGCUUUUCUUAAAUCGCAUGCAAAUCUCCUCUGUGUUGAAACUUGCAACCAACAAGUUUGUUUGAUAUAUUAAUUUCAUCUUUUCCUUUUUCCCUCUUACCCAAUCAGUAAUGUGCUCAUCAUUAAUCAUGGCAAACCGAUCUUCUACUUCCUGCAGUGGUAGCCACGAUCAAACAACAAAAUUCUGGUGCAGAAACAGGCCGGGAGAUCCCUGUAGAGACAAGCAGGGUGUCAGCUAUCCCCAAGGUAACCCGUUUAGAAACAAAUGAUUCCUUCAAUCUUAAUCCAAUCAUUUUAUCUUUGUUUAUCCUGCCACCAUUGAGUCUGAUCAUUACUUUAUAAUGGAUUCUGACGUCUUUUUACCCAGGUUAUGGAGAUAGCAGCUCAAUUCUCACUGGUCGUACAGUCGGUGGCUACCCCAUCCCCGAACAUCCAACAACACCUGGCCCGUUUGGCGCUGCCCGAAAUGAGGGAACCAUUCCUGGUGUGGGAGUGGCCAUGCCUCUGUCCAUGCCUUCGCACGAUGGAUCUGAUCAGGGAGGAGACCAGAGGCACCCCCACUCCACUCUGGCCAUCGGUGCUGCACCUCCUCUCCCACCUGGCCCUCACCCCUCCCUGUUAUCCUCCACCCAGCAGCAACCCUUCCAGCAAACUCCCCAGCAGAUGCUCUCUCUCCCUCUCCCCCCUCCAAAUCUGUCGCAGCUCCAGCCCCCCUCCUCCCAUCUGCCCCUUCUCCCCCAUCCCCAUCUCCCACGAGCCACUUCUUCUGUUCCUGGGCCCUUGCCGACCUCAAUGUCGCUGCCAAAUUCUAUGGUAAGUGUGGGUUUUUCUUUCUUCUCUGGCUCCAUUAAUGGUAGGCCAUCCAUCAGCUCUCCUCUCAUGAUUCCUUCUCUCAGGCACAUAUGAUCGGCUUAAACCCAUCGGGAAGCGUCCCUCCUGCAAUGGCGGGAUUCACUAGCUUUCAGCUGGGGGGCAUGUUGAGCAGGCCGCAGGGGGGGCAGAUGGCUGGAAUUAACGCUUACCAGGUAUGAAGAAUUGACUUUCCGACACGGUCAACCCCCUUCAGAGACAUGUACACCUGCUGACUCUUGGAUUGUCAUCUUUUUGUUGGUUGACUCAGUCGGUGUCGGUGGAUUCCCAUGUAGCCCAUGCCCCUGGAUUGGGCCUUGCAGGGAAUAUCGGGAUCCCACCUCCCCCACCUCCACGGCCGCACAGCUCAGGAUCCCAGUGA